AUGAAAGGAAAAAUAAAUUACGGGCAAUCUGAGGUCGGGAAGGGGGAGGGGUUCAUUGAUGAUAUGUAUAACUUAAUUAAUGUUUACAUGAAAAAGCAAUUUGUGCUUCAAUUCCUAGACGCUUACCAAACCCUAAACUUACAAUUUCCCGAUGGCCUGACCUAUUCGUUCGGUAUAUUCUAUGCGGAGUUCCUGACCUACUUUGAAGAGGGCAAAGGCAAGACUGCUUUAAUCGUCUCCAUUCUUGUGGGUGUCACGCUGAGCGCAGGUCCAGUAUCAAGCUCGUUCGUGAAUCGUUGGGGAUGCCAGCGUGUCACGGUGGCUGGGGCUAUACUAGCGUCGGUGUGCGUCAUCGCAUCUGCGUUCGCCUCUAACGUGCUGAUGCUUAUUUUCACCAUCGGCAUCGGCUCCGGUUUUGGUUUCGGCCUCAUCUACCUCCCUGCCAUCGUCAGCGUCACCGUCUGGUUCGAACGAUACAGGAGCUUAGCCACAGGAAUCGCAGUAUGUGGUUCAGGCUUAGGGACGUUUCUGUUCGCUCCCCUAACAUCCGGUCUAAUCGCAGAAUACGGCUGGAGAGGAGCGAUGGCGAUCAUCGGUGCUUUAAUCCUGAACUGUGUGCCAUUAGGGCUCAUGUUCCGACCAGUACCUGAUCGGCCGAGAACGCCAACCACAGAAAGAAUGCUUAUGAAAGCUAAUAACACUCCGUUAAAAAGAUCUCAGAGCACAGAGCACGUAAUCCGGGCGAACGGAAAAAUUGAAGAGAGCGACACAGCAAGACUAACGCUAUCGCAGCCUGCGCUCAACAAACACCAGCAACAGGAGAAACACCACUUCGUCAGAUCACAUUCGCGACACGGAAGCGGUAUAAUGCAAAGGCCGGACGUCCUAUAUCAAGGAAGCAUGACUAGCAUAGCAAAGUUCAGAGUACCUUCCCCGGAUAGAAUUACAGCUCCGAAGGAAGAGAAAGAAACAAAAUGUGGAUGGCUACCAUGUUCCGCGGAAUCUAAAGCCGCCUUAUCAGAAAUGCUCGACCUUUCGCUACUAGUAGACCCAAUAUUUAUACUAUUUUCUUUAUCUAACUUCUUAACUAGCAUAGGCUUUUACAUUCCGUACGUAUACACAGUGCCUAUGAGUGAAAAGAUGGGAGUGACGAACUCGGCCUAUUUGAUAUCGAUAAUAGGUGGCGCAAACUUAAUCGGCAGGAUAAUUUUAGGAUUCAUCAGUGACAGACCGUGGGUGAACCGUUUGCUCGCGUACAAUUUGUGCCUUACGAUCGCUGGCAUAAGCACGGCGAUGGCGAUGCAAUGUUGGGAGUUCUGGGGUCUGGCGAUGUACGCGACGGUGUUCGGUUUCACCAUCGGCGCUUACGUGGGGCUCACGUCCGUGGUGCUAGUGGACCUGCUAGGAAUAGAGAAGCUGACCAAUGCCUUUGGGUUGCUGCUGCUGUUCCAGGGCAUCGCCUCGCUUAUCGGCCCACCGUUCGCUGGUUGGUUGUUUGACGCCUUAAACUCUUACGCGCCAGCGUUCUAUGUGGCCGGAGCCACGAUAUCCCUGAGUGGGCUGAUCCUGUUCUUCAUUCCUGUCAUUGAGAGGCGAAACCGGCGUCGAUGGAACGCGGAAACGGCUCUCGAGGACAUAUAGCAUCACCUACACGAAGGAGGGACCAACUUUCCUAUAAGCGGGUCCAACCUUGGCAGAAGUGGGUCCAGUAUUGGUAGAAGCGGGUUUAACCUGGCUAGAAGCGGGACCAACCUCACUAGGAGCGGAGUGGUCUCGUGCGGGUUUAACCCACUAGGCGCGAGGAAUAACCCGCUUAUAAUACUGAACAGUCCCUCCACGCCUUCCGAGACUAACAGGGUAUAUAUAGGUAACAGUUCCGAUGAUUAUGACUCUUCCGAUGAAUACGAGAGCCAUCAAACUCAUUCCAGACAGUUAGUAGAGUGAUAGUGGUGAUAGUGAAGGUGCAAUAUUCUUUUUAAGUUUAACAAGUGCCGACGUCUUACCCAAAGAACUGCAACCAAUUGCUAAAUUAUAUGAAUUUUAAUUAUAAGCUAUAUAGUGAAAUUGUCUAUUUGUAAAUUGUUAUUAAUUAUGGACGACUGACUGUAAAUUAGGUACAAUUGUCGUCACAAGUGCGUAAAGCAUAAAAAUUAUAUUAGCAUUUCUAUUGUAUAAAUCUUUGAUUCCAAACCAAAAAGGUGAUCAGGGCCAAUAUCAUGAAAUCCUCCCGCGAAUUAGUUGCGAUUAUAAAAGUGAGAAAUUGGUAUACAUAUUGCGAUAGAGUGGCCGGUAUUCCAUUCUGACAGCUGUUUCUGCUGACCACACCACAUUAAAAUUUCAUUGUACUGACCCAGCUCAGCUUUUCAGUCGAUGGUUCAUUACAAAUAUCAAUCUGCAGUCUUUAAUUAUCUAUUUUUAUUGUCAUGUAAGUACCGUCAAGUCCACAAAAAUAGAUACACUUUGACUGUGGUUAUUGGUUUCCCAUCCCUGUAAUAUGAAUUUAGUUCUAUCAAGCUGCAUCUCUGUAGACGCUAUUUGAUAACUUGACACGAAUAAAAGAGAUUGUGGGAGACGAUAAAUUUGUAUGUGCAGCUGAUGCAGCGCACCUUCUUACGAUGGAACAAAUUCUUUCGAAAGGUAAUUUUAGCAUAUUUCAGUAUCAAAGCUACGUCGUGCAGGUGUGGGAGAAGUUAUUGCGAAGUAGCAAGAAAGCUGAUAACGUCAAAUGCUCUAUGGCCUUGACUGUACUUAAUAUGCAGCAAAGAAAUAAUAUCCAUUCAAAUACACGUACUCACACAAAAUGAAACAUAUUUCAAUGUUUAAAUCUUUUAAUGAUAGUGAAAUUUAAAGACAUUGACUGAUUAAAUAUUUCCACAACUCCCUUUAUUUAUGGGUUAUACAUUUUUUUUAUUUAAUAUGUAUUGUCUUAAAGUACCAUAUGAGACCAUUAUUAAACCAUUUAAAAUUACUCUUAUAAAAUAUUCAUAAUGUUCCAAAACUGGCUAAGAAGUCACGGCGUGCUUUUCUCCCGAGCCAGCUGCGGUUGCAGGACCGCAACGCGAGUAGAAUAUAAAGUUGUAAGUAAAAUGCAAAAAUCACGACGCGAUUUGUGCCCACAGACGCGCGUGAUUCGUUCACCCGCAGACGCGGCGAAUUUCGGCUGAUCUCACAGCCACGACGGCUGCGGAACGGCAGACAACUGCGGUCUCGUGAGUUUUGAAAACAGCACUGCGGCCGCCCGUGACGGGUGAGAGAAAUAACCGCCCUGUAACAUCUUAGCCACAAUAAGUCAUUUUACAUUUAUGAAUUUAUUUUAUGAGUUUCUUAAAUUAAUAUGACGGCCUUAACGUGGACCAAUCGUGGGUAGAAUGGUUCCUAUAAGUUCUAGAUGCAUAAUCUGUCUCAUGUGAUCGUAGAAGUAAUUAUAUAUACCUAUAUGUAUGAUAUUAUAUUAUUAUUGUAAUUUCUAUGGUGUUUUUCAUCUGUAAAGGGCCCACUAACUUUUAUCGUUAUCGGAGGUAAGAGUGCGUUCAUAGGAUAUUAUACCGCACGUUUUUACGAUAUAUGUUUUAUCGAAUAAGACUGUUAUUUUUCUUAAAUCGAUAAAAAUCUGAGAACUUAAAGCAUACCAUUAUUUAUUUAAUUAUUCCUCCAUGACGUAAUACGUUAUACCUCACACCUACAGCACGUCAUUAUUAUGUUUUUUUCUACGACAGCUAAACAACAAUCGAUUUACGUUUUUGCAGUAACAUACAAUUUUUAUGUUUGUUUUAUGUUGUUUAUUUCAUUAAAUAACGUGCAACUUUUCAACCAAAUCGAAUAAACUUGUAAACCUCGCCACUGUUUACGUCUUUUACAAAAAGGAAUACAUACAUAUUGCAUUAAACAUAAUGCCACUCUUUGAUACGAUUGAAAUCUGAUAAGGUAAGAAACGUGCGGUGUAUUGCCGUAUGAAUCCAGCCUAAAUUUGAUUCAUCGAAACUUCCGAUUUGUGUUCAGUAGUAUACGCGGUAGUAUCUUCCUUUUGCUGUUAUUGUAACUCUUCGACUGAAUUAAUAUAAUCAUUUAUAUUGUUUAUUAAUGAACUAUUAUUAAACAAUAUUCUUCGUACAAAUAUUUCUCUAUAAAACUAUUAUUAUAUUGUUAAUCUUGCGCAUCUAAUGCGCUGCCGUGUACAUUAAUGUUGCCAUACUUGUAUAUAACUAAUAUCAAAAUAUAAUGGAAUUGAAGAAGGUAAAAUUAUUUUCAUUCUUUGCCCUUAUUGAUACAUACCUAAAUAGUCAAAUAUGGAUAUAAAUAUU